AUGUUUAAAGAAAGACUUCAUCGUACACAGAAGUAUUCUUAUCUCAACAAGGCAACGAAUUCGUGCUUAGAUGCUCUGGUGCAAGCUCUGCUUGACGUGGUUGGUGACGUGGUUAGGAACCAUGGAAUCAUGGCAAAUAACAUAAAAGCAGGAACAUCGUGCAAGCACCAUCAAAUAUUGCACGAUGAACAAAAAGUCGCACUCGAUUCUAUGGAUGAAUGUGAUGUGGCAAGCGCCCCUUCAUCCCCAGUCUCGAAUAUAUCUUUCAACUCUGAUUUCAACAAUAAUGUGACGGAAGGAGGGAGCUCCGCAGAGAAAUACCGAGUCUCUCAUGUUCCAGAUUUGGGUAUACCGAUGUUUGAUAUGCCGGUUCGUGGGAGCUCACCAGCGUCCGUGAAACAAAUGAGAAAAGGAGGUUCCCGUUGCCAAGUAGAAUCAAUGUUGAAGAGGAAUGAACUGCGAGCAGGGAAGGAAAAGCACGGUGUUCCUCCUAUAAUCUCCAAGCACAUCGAAGGGGACGACGAGCUCAAUUUUGCGCCGUAUCUGAUAAGAGAGCACCUUCUGCGAAUUCUAUAG